UGAAAUAAUGGAGCGUGCCUACAACAGAGGCGUAUGUGGAAAUACGGCAGAAAUCUUGCUGAUAAGGUUUUUGUUUGUUUGUUUUGAGGAUAUGCUCUUGAAGAGACAUCCUUUCAAAGGAGGCUCUUCUGUUUUUGGAGGAAAAAGGGGUGGCUGUGACACUGGACGAAAUUCUGACAGUACUUUUUUUUUUCAUUUGCACGCUUCCGCUUGUGUUUGCAUCAUGAUAUGUAUAUAUCGUGAUAGCAUCAUAUAUAGCAUAUAUAACAUGUACAUGCGAUCCAUGAUACGUAUCACAGAAGGGAAUUUAUCAUAGGAUAAAAUACACAAGUGAAGUUCUACUCUUGUUUGUUUGUUUUAGGGUGUGUAUUACUAUGUUUUUCUCGUUUCCUUUUUGGUGAAUUGACACCAGUGCCUGGCGCUGGGCACUGAAGUACACGAGCAGUGGGUGUUUGCUACCUGGGCUUCCCUGGGAGUUUCUGGGCCAUGCAGGAUUUCAUUUGCAUGUUCCAUUAUCCACGAUCUCCAUGUUUAUGACAAGGCAGGUGUCAGAACCAGUUUAACAUCAGAGAAAAUAUUUGAGUCCUUUCCCAGCCUGUGUGAAGCUCUUUCUCUUAACUCCCGAAAAUAAAACCACCUGUGAUUAUUAAAACCCAUGUGGAUCUUCAGGAGGAGGCAGUGGGAUGAAUGCUGGCACAGGCCAGGGCAGCUCUGGGCAUUUUGGCCACAUUAUUGGUUUUGUUCUCUUUUUUUUUUUUUUUUUUAGGUGACGUGGUGUUAUAAAAGCUGUUGUUUUCAGCAGUGUUUUCUCACAGAGCUGGGAGCAGGAAGGAGAAAUGCUAACACGAAUACACUUUGUUUCAUUAGUUUUAAUGUGAUUUCUAAAUGUCAUCUGUUCUUCAGUUACCUUUCUUUUCUGAGGUGUCCUAACUGAGGUUGAUGAGAAACAAAGCCCUUGCUUUCCCUCUCAAAUCUUUUUUAGUGAAAAGUUAGAGCUGCACCAUCCUUUUGUUUUUGGGCAGCUUUCUAGGAUGCACAGGGAAGACUAGGAGACUCUGAAGUAUCGACUUUAACUUUGACAUCAGUGUGAUGUUUUUUACAGUUCUUAGUUUAGAUGAAGAUUUUCUGAAAUGAAGAGAAAUCUGGUGACAUGUAGGUCCAUCAGGUAGGACAGAUCACUAAAAUUGUAGUAAAUUGAAUACUGUAAUUAUUUCUCAUUUUUAAUUCUGCUUCUAGAGCCUCACUUAUUUUACCUACGUUAAGUGAUGGAACCACACACUAAAGAUAAAAAAUCAUCCUUGGGUCUUUGGUGUUUAUGUUUGCGUGAAAGAAUCUAGGAUGUUCCAAGAAAAGGUGUCAGCCAGUUGCUUAAAUAUAGUAACAACAUCUACUGAAGAUGGUGCUUUCCAAAAAAAAGGCCAUAGUGCUCGAGUCCUUAGUCCAGAAGAAGAGGAAAAAUUGGCAAAAGAUCAGGUUUUGGUGUCUGAAUUCAAACAACUGAAACUGGAGAAAGAGGCACAGAAGAACUGGGAUCUAUUUUACAAAAGAAACCACACCAACUUCUUCAAAGACAGACAUUGGACAACCAGAGAGUUUCAAGAGUUAAAGGCAUGUCGUGAGUUUGCAGAUCAAAAACUGACCAUUCUGGAAGCAGGCUGCGGGGUUGGGAACUGCUUGUUUCCACUCUUAGAAGAAGAUCUGAAUAUUUUUGCAUAUGCCUGUGAUUUCUCUCCUAGAGCUGUUGAGUAUGUGAAGAAAAAUGCCUUAUAUAGUACUGAAAGAUGUAAAGUGUUCCAGUGUGAUCUUACCAAAGAUGAUCUUCUAGACAGUAUACCAGCAGAUUCUGUAGAUGUUGUCACACUUAUAUUUGUGCUUUCUGCCAUUCAUCCUGACAAAAUGCAUCUUGUCCUGAGGAACAUUUACAAGGUGUUAAAGCCAGGGAAGUGUGUCCUGUUCCGAGACUAUGGCCUGUAUGAUCAUGCAAUGCUCAGGUUUAAAUCUGGCAGCAAACUUGGGGAAAACUUUUAUGUCAGACAAGAUGGGACAAGAUCAUAUUUUUUUACUGAAGAGUUCUUAUCUCAGCUUUUCAAGGCUGAGGGAUAUGAGCAAGUGGUCAAUGAAUAUGUGCAGCGAGAAACCGUGAACAGGAAAGAAGACUUGUGUGUUCCAAGAGUUUUUCUUCAAAGCAAAUUUAAAAAGCCUUUCAGUGAGACAUAAGUUCUUGCUGAUUAGCAACAGCAUUGCUUGUUUGAAAUGGAAGCUAGCACAUAAGAUGUGUGCUCCUCUUUCUGGUGAGCCAAAAAAUGACAGCAUCCUAGACCUCUUGUUGGUUUCCAUCCUAGGAUGCAAAAUAUGAAUGCUAUUUCUAACUGAAUUUUAAGACUGUUUAGUGAUGCAAGCAAUCUGUUGAGCUUCUGUAUUCCUGCUUCUGAAAUAAAACCUGUGCAACAUUG